CUGAGAGUAUGCCACCCCAGCAGCGACGGUCGGAGAGCUCCGGUGGACACCUGCGAGCGCGCGAUGGAGAGGCGCGCGCGUUUGCAUGCGCCAAUGUCUCGUUUCUAAUAAGGAAUAAAGAAUUCUCCCCGAGUCCUUAACAGGCAGGAGUUUGUCAACAGAUGCCACAGUUGAGUAAUGGUUUGACACAUCUAGAUUAUCUGUGGGGAAAAAACUGAAGAGCGUAGAUGAUUAUAAAUCCACCAUGUCAGUCAAAGGGGCAUUGAUUGGACACAGUGAAGAGAGAGCAGGACUGAGGAGAAAGCUGUCUGGUCCUCAUCUCAUACAGGGCAAAUCGAUCUGGUCUUGGAGACCCAAGAGUUUGAGGAAGAGCAACUGGACAAAAGACAAGUCAACGUUAAGUUGUCAAGAAACACAUUGUUCUGAAGAGUACCUUCCUGUGACAGCUACUUUGUCAUCCUCCACAGGACAAACUCAUUUAGAUGCUGAUGAUUUAGACCAAAAGUACAAACAACAGGGACUCAAAGGCUGGAGAUAUUGUUUCCCUCGGUCUGUCGUGUGCUGUCGUAGGAAGACGUCAGAUGACAAGAGCGUCCAUGACAAACAUAGAAGUAAUGAUUUCACGUUCUUUAACAAGCUGACCAGAGACUCUGUUGAUUUAACUUUCCAGCUGAAUGUGAUUAACUGUAUUUUAACCAGAGAGGAGCUAGAGAGGGUUCCUGCUGUGUUAAGGAGAGAAAAAAAUAAAGUCAGAACAAGACAAAUCUUCAAAAGAUUCAGUUGUGAAUCUCCUGAGGAUGAUUCUAAAGCCACCCCGUUGGGACCGGAAACUUUUCGGCAAGAUCCUUGUGUGAUUAUCUCUCUCGGGGAAAAGACCGGACCUUUCUGGAGGCGCAGGGCCAAGAAGCCGUCUCCUUUCUUCCAAGAGCGUAUCGAAGAAAACAGGGAAUACAUAGAAGAGGAGACGAUUGUGCUAGCUAACAGACACGCUGACGAUGCAGCUGGGGGCGACAGCUCCAGUCCUCCUCAGAGGGGAGGGAGAAACGCCCGCCGCCAUUACCCCGAGACACUGACGGUGAGCGUGGAUGUGAGUGCUGCGACGUCAGAGGUCAGGGAGGUCAAAGGCAUGAGGUCAAAGGUAGAGACGGAUGCGGACGCCUCUGAAACACAGCUAGAGGAAGAAAUAAAGGAACCUGAAGACGGUGGAGAAGAACAUCUGAUGGAGGCUGGGGAGACACUGGUGACCUUUCAUCCACCUGAGACCCACAGUGGCUCUGAGACAACAGGGGACUGUGGAUCACCUGAGGAGAUAGGGAAUGUGGAGAUGCACCCGGGACUCGCUGAUGGAUACAUCGCCUCAGCCGCUGAUGCAGUUGGCCUUACGGCGACAGGAAAAGAGAUCCAACUGCUUCCUGACUCGGACAAACAUCUAGAUAACUUUAUGUGUAGGAGUUUAGACACACCAAGCAGAAAUCUGAUCCCGAGGGGUAUUGGCCAGGGUUUGGAUUGCAACAAAUCUCAUCCUGACAAUGAACAGUUAUUCCCUUGUGAACUGAGCAGCUCAUUAAAGACUGUUACUGGCACAUGCAAUUAUUGUGUCCUCCUCGCUGACGAUCAUACAGCUCUGUAUCAAUGUGAUCCACAGCCAACUGAGAUAGUCCUGCGAGAGACGGCUUGUUUGGUGGUUCAGUUUGUGAUGAAGGCUGCUCUAGAUCAGUUCAAACAAGAGCUGUUGGAAUCUGAUGUUACCCAACUGUCUCCUAAUCAGCUUCAGAGCAACUUGCAAGACACAUUCUAACAUGAACUACAAUGAGCUCACAUUCAGUGCUUUUGUGUUCACUGUGGUUUCUGCAGACUGCAGUGUGCUCUCACAAUACCCAACCCAAACCUGUAUUUUAUCAUCAUGCUGUUCAUAUGUGAAGAUAGACCAUGCCAAUGGCAUAUUCCUAGAAAGUCAUGUUUUGUCAUGUUGGCAUCAUGAAAUGACUCAUCGUGUCUUUGUAGCGACAUCCCAGAUUGUGAGACUUGUUUCCAUAGAAAUGAGAAGCAGACGAUGUUGAUCAUGUAUGGGAUGUUCUUGUGGUUAAAUUUGCAGCUAAUAGGGUGUAAUACUCACACUGGGUUACAUUUCUCAUGAAGUUGUCCACCUCAGACUGUAUGUUGGGCUAGAGUGUACUGGACGUUGAUGCCAAACACCUAUAGAUAGUCUCAGAGGUGCUGCAGUUGAACACCUAUAGAUAGUCUCAGAGGUGCUGCAGUUGAGAUAACCAUAUUCAGACAAAGAAUGAGAAUAUUUCCUGGAUAGUUAAAUGGGAGGUAUAUCCGUCAAAGCCUCUUAUGCAGUCGAACUCGGCAAAUUAAACUUGUCUGAAGUCAUUUGGAAGGUCAAUGAUCUAGAAGAGGGUGUAGCUCACUUGGCUGUAGGCCAACAACAACCUGGGUUUAUGUCUUGGAGUGUGAAUACCUCAGAGUUGUGAAAUUUGGAUCAGAGCCAUCUGGUCCACUGUCAACAGUUUGAGGAGAACUUAAUCUACGUACGUCUCCUGUGAUCUAUCAACUCAGAUAGCAGGAUACCUGCACACGUCAGUUGCUGCUCUUUGACAACUUUUCUGUAGAAAUGUUGGUUUGUAUAGAUAAAAUAUAGGGUCUAAAAUCAUAUAACAGCUGGGUUGUGAAGUAUUCCUUAUACGCAUCUGUUUGAAUGGAUAUAUUAUAUGCGUAUCUAUAAAUAAAUGACAAAUAAGUCACUGUGGCUCUGAAUAGUUUUAAUACAUAGAUACAUGUCCAUACUUUUUACAGUGGAUUAUGUCAGAGUUUAUAACAGUUAAGGAACAAUGUUUUUCAAUUAAUGU